AUGAACACCUAUCGAACAGGCUCUGAUACACCUCGAAACCGCACAUUUUGUCUCUGGUGGUAUUGGAUCGAUUAUACACUUCUGGCCGUAAGCUUGUAUCUCGCCAUGAUCUCGAGUUUUCAGCGGCACGUUCUCGUUUUCCAUUCGCACUUGUUACGUCUUCGUCGACUACGAUGGAUUCUACAUUACAGUCCAUUGAUAUUCGGAGUGGUUUAUCCAUCGUGCUUCUAUCUUGUAGUCAUAUAUUUGUACCCCUGUGAAGUGUCAUAUGAUGAGACAAGUCAGUAUUGCUUGUAUCCAUGUUAUUUGGAUGUUAUUCUUGCGUAUAAUUUGGACUGGGUCUUUAAUAUUGUGCUUCCGGUACUGAUGAAUGGCUUCGCGAAUUUUAUAUUAGUCGUGCGUGUGAUGCGUUCGAUGAAAAAAGCUCGUCAACAACAAAGAAACACUUGGAAAAAGCAGAAAAGAUUAACGCUCAAUCUUUUGGUUUAUUCUUCGUUAUAUUUUCUUCUUUGGCUUCCGGCAGUUGUUAUGACUACAGUAAGUAAUAGCGCCAAUAAACAAUUGCUGGAAAAUAUUCCUAAUCUUUACUAUUUAUACUAUAUUUAUGUAUUCAUUUGUCCAUUACAACCGUUCAUGUGCGUAUUGGCCCUGCCUGAAUUAGUUCAAAUUGUAAAGCAAAGACAAAGAGCACGGCGAGUUAUCGCACCUGAAGUGCCUCUUACGAUAGGAAGGACUGGUUUACAAGUGAAAAAUAAUCAAUGGUACGGAUUGUGA